CGUCUCCAUGGCGACCGCGUGGGCCCGGCGGCCUCCAUUGUUGGGCUGGCGCUUUCCGCGCCCCAGGCGUGCAGGCGUGGUGGUGGGCGGGCGCCGCAGGUGACUCCAGACGCAGGAGGAUGAGCCACGUCCUCAGAGAAUUGUCUCCUCCUGGCUGACGGAUGGAGGGAAGCAGCGCCUGCGAGGAUCCCGGCUGGGCUGCAGAUGCCGAGGGCGGGGCUUCCGACGCCGGGGGCGGGGCUUCCGACGCCGGGGGCGGGGCUGGUCAGGCUAGGAGCAAGCCCGCACUCCCCUCCAGAGGCGCGCCCGAGGGGGUCGUCUUUUCGUCCGCACCGAUUUUAGACUUGAGUCAAAGUGGUCUUCACCAUUUAGGAGAGGUCUUCAAAGUUCCCACCCUCAAACAAUUGCAUCUUCAGCGAAAUGCCCUCUGCGCGAUUCCUGAAGACUUCUUUCAGCUAUUGCCAAACCUCACUUGGCUGGACCUUCGCUACAACAGGAUCACAGCGCUUCCUUCCGGGAUUGGCUGUCACAAGCAUCUGAAAACUUUGCUCUUAGAAAGAAAUCCUAUCAAAAUGUUACCUGUGGAGCUGGGGACUGUGACCACCCUGAAGGCGCUGAACCUGAGGCGCUGCCCCCUGGAGUUCCCCCCGCAGCCGGUUGUGCAGAAGGGCUUGGUGGCCAUCCUGAGCUUUCUGCAGGUCUGCGCGGCCAGGCACGCCCCCGCCGGCGACGCUACCCCUCGAGCUGCGAAGAUGACCGUGAGCGAUUUGCCUGCAACCCUGCUGGAUUUGCCAGCAGACUGUGUGUCUAACAACGAAGCCCCGAGUUCCCAGGAGCCGAGCGGAGCCGCGGUAGCGGAAGAGGCGGACUUUCUCCCGCCUCUUGGGAAGCUGGACCUGGGUGACCUCGGAAAGGCCCCCGACCCCCUGGAGGACUGGCCGAGCCGGGAGGAGAUCCAGCGCUUUUGGAAGCUGAGGCAGGAGAUCGUGGGGGACGGACAGGCGGGCGUUCUGGAAAACCAGCUCUUGCCCGCGGAGCUGCCCCCAAAGCUCAAGGCGGCGCUGAGCGCCGGGGAGGAGCAGCCCCCCACCCGGAGGCCUGUCCUCAGGACGAACACGCCCCGCUUCAAGGGCGUCCUGCCCGACCUGGCCUCGUCGCACCAGGCCCUGGCCUGCGCCCGGCUGCAGGAGAACCGCAGCCUGGCCCUGCAGGGGCUGCGGGACCGGCAGGCCCUGCGGGCGCAGCGCAGGAGAGACGAGGGGGCGCUGCCAGACUGGCGGGAGCAGGCCCUGGCCGCCAGCAGGAGGAGGGAGGGGCUCUGCCGACGCCCACCCUGGCUGAGGAGCCCGGUGGUGUCAAAGAUUCCUUUUGCCACCGGUCUGCUAGAUAAUGAGAAAACGCCCAUGAAUUUGCCCGGAAAAAUGAGACAAAGCAAAGAGAAAUCAUGGCACGCAAGUCCGGAGGCAAGCACCUUCCACGAGGGGAAUUUACAGGAAAAGCUGAACCAGCACGUCCAGCAAAGGCACGACCGCAGGAGCAGACCCCGGGGGCUGGCGCCUCUCGGGGAGACGAGGAAGGCCGCCCGGGACUUGCAGACUGCCAGGAGCCUGCAGGCUGAGGUGAUGAAACUGAAGCUGAGGUCGACCCUGAGCAGGAACCCCCGAUGCCCGGCACUCUCUGGAAGCCACUCGCUCGGCCCGGCGGCGUCACAGUCUCGGAACAUAUUUUUUAACACGAAAUAUUGAGCAUCCGAAAA